ACUGUGUCUUCGUGUUCAUACUCCUAGUUUGUAAUGUACAUAAUAUUUAAAUAAAUUGUACUUGUAUUGUUCGUUACAUACCUACAACUUUCCAAAAGUUAUAUUUGAAAUAUUCUGUAAACUCGACCGGAAAUUUGAGUGCCAAAAGGUCAAAUUGGCAUUUAAUUUUAUGUCUCACAAACAAAUUACAUGAACAUACUUUAUUUACUGUCAGUUACGUAGUGUCUGUUGUGUGCAAAUAUCGUGUAAGUAGCAUAUUGCCUUGGGAAUCAAGAACAAUGAAGGUCUUCCUAAUUAUUUCGUUAAUUACUUGUGCCUUCGCUGACAAGAGAUGUCGUGGAAUUGACUUCGACCAAAAAUAUUUCAACGUUGAUAUUAUCAAAGAAGGUAUAAACCAUCUACAUGAUAUAGCUUUAAACAGAAAUGACAAUAAUGUGUAUUUCACAUACGAAACUUUAUCUGAAGUACCUUCAAAAGUCUUGGGCUAUCUGGACAUCGCUACAAAGAAAGCAGACGUCAUACAUGGUAUUCGUAAUGCAACUGCAAUUACUAUAGAUCAAUUCUACGGUAAAGUAUACGUCGGUGGUGCAGAUGGUCUUUUUAAAAUAAAUGAUCAAAAGUUAGUAGAGAGACUUCCGAUACAAGAUGAUAUAAGAAGUCUAUAUUUUAGAGACGCGUUAUACUUUACAAAUUGGAAUAGAGAAGCAUACAAGUUCGAAGAUGGAUAUGCCACUUUAGUGCGAGAAUUGCGUGGAGUUAAAGUGGAUAAAUUUGUUAUAGAUAAUGACGACAAUAUAUUUUUUACUAUAGAUAAGAAGUUAUUUAGAGUUAAAUUAGGAACUAGAGCUGUAAACUCACAUGAAAUGUACACAGUUGAUUAUUUGACCACUGAUAUAUAUCAUAGGCCGUACAUUUGCACAAGUAAAGGAGUAUACAUGUAUAACAAAUACAAAUAUGUUUAUGAUAAAGUAUCUAAUACAGCUGGAUUAAAGGGUUUGACGUUUAACAAGAGAAAUGAACCGCUUUACGCGGUAGCUGAUUACUUAGUUAAAUUAAAAUUAAGUGAACUACCUUGUUUCGAAGAUUAAAGUUCGUAUAACGGAUAUUAAUCAAGUAAUUUUGAUGUACUAACAAGAUUUAUCUCUAAGUUAGAACUUCAUACCGAACGUGCUUUAGUCGUGAAAGAUAAAAAAGAAACGUUGAUUUCUAGAAUUUAAUUGCGAUUAAGAUAUGCAAGAAAAAACUAUAAAAAGUGCAAACAAUAUCCGAUGUAUAAAAUUAUCCCAUUUAAGUAAAUAGGUAUAUACAUAUUUUAAUCCUUACUUAAUAAAUAUUAAAUUAAUUAUUUCAGUCUCAAUAUUAUGAUCAUUAUGUAAUUCCCAACAAAUAAGUUCGCGUGUCACAUUGUGCGUAUUCUUAAUAAUUAUUGUAAACAUUUUAUUUAUGGUAACAUACCAUUAAAAAAUACAUGUUAA